AUGACAAAUUAUAUUUCAGAAUGGACGCAACAAGUACCGGGUCUUCCAUCAUCGAUUAUUCCGGAACAAUUUAUUAGUUCAAAUGAAUUUCUUCAGUUUCAUCAACCUUGUAAUUUCUUGUCGUCAACUUUCAGUCAGUUACCACUAACAUUUAAUUCUCAAUAUCAACAACCAAAUUAUGAUAAUUCAUCGCUUACUUUUGCAUCAUUACCUUAUACGAUCGCUUCUUCUUCCUACAUUUGUCCAUACGGUGGUUUUCCAUCGACAAAUAUUCAUUAUAACAUUAAUUUUCAUCAGCAUCAACAACAAUCAAAUCAUUUUAUUCAACAACAAAAUUUUUUAAAUUAUCCAUCAAGUGUACGAAGUGGCGAAAGGAAAUAUAAAAAAAUAGCCGAAGAAGAAACAAUCACAACGACAAGUUCUCCAUCAAAAGAGUCGAUACCAAAACUCUUCAAUAACUCUAAACAAGUUAAUAAGAAGGAUGUAGAAUAUAUUAAAUUACAAUUUAAGGUUGAUAACCGUUUAAAUCGAGUUAAACGUCAAUUUGACGAUAAAAAACAUAGUCCAAAACCAUCGUUUGGUAACAAUAGAAUUGUGCGAAAACGAUCAAGAUCAACACAAUCGUCAUCUCGUGAUCACUCAUCCCGAUCUCCAUCUUCAAAGAGAAAAGAGACAAAAAAACGUCAUUGUUCAAGUUCAAGACGGGUACACCGGAAUCGAUCUUCAUCGUCGCAGAAACGACAUGUAGACUCUCGACGACCACGCUCAAUAUCGAGAAUGAGAAAAACACGCCAGUGUUUAUUAUCACGACAUCGUCAAGGACGAAAAAGUUUAUCACCCCCGUCGCCACCAUCAAGACGUCUAUCACGUAACUUAAAAUUACGAAAUAAUUCCUCAUCACAGCGUGAAAGGAGAAAAUCAUCUCCAACUAGACGAUAUUCAUCAUCAUCAUCAACAACGCCCGAACCGUCAAACGCGACGACGCUUAAUAUGGCACUCUAUCAACGACAACAAAAAACGCUUAACGAGGAAAAACAAUUGUUAAACGAUCGUUUGUCGAAAAAUCAAGAACAAAAUGAAAAAGAAGACGGUGAAUUGGAAACUAAUGAAUUUCCUACACGUCUUAUUAUCCCAUUGCCAACAAAAGCAAAAUGGUAUUAUGAUCACGAUGAUAGAUGGGGUGCGAAUGCUACAAGGAAUGACAAUGAUGAUUUUGGAAUGGCGUCUUUGACGAUUCAGAAUUAUAUGAAUGAACACUCUGAUCCUGGUAAUUGGAUUCCAUUAGACGAAAAUCAAUUAGAAUAUUUGUGUCAACAUUUUUUUGAUGAAUAUCACCAGAAAGAAAAACAACAAACAUAUCCUUACUGA